AUGCCAACCGACACAUACAACGAAAGCCCCAUAAAUGCUACUGCAAUACCUCAACGAACCACAUCAGUCCAUCCCCGCCUGCCCUCUUUACUCCUCCUCGGACUCCAGUUGAUCUUCACGCCUUCACUCGCUUCCCUAAUAUCUCGACCAUCUAUUCUCAUCGCCUCCUUCGAUCCUUCUUCUCCCCUAUCCUUUCUCGUUCCUUUGGCGAAGGAAACAUGGCCAGAAGAGAACGAGUCGUUUCCUCCUUCAUGGGAGGUUGCGUUAUGGUCGUGGGCGUGGUCGCUGCUUCUCCAGAGCUUCUUGCAUGUUGAAGUCGUAGGCAUUGAAUUUAAGGAUGAGAAGAACUAUUACUCUCCUCCAGACGCGCCUCCUGGUUCUCCUCCUCCUUCAGGUUCAUAUGGACAUGGGAGUCCUCCGCAGUUUACUUCGCCACCGCCUCAUGGGCACGCCGGAACGCCCACACCACCCUACCAUGUCACCCCGUCACAUCCCACACCGCCAACACCUGCUGGAUAUUGUGGCACCCCUCCGCCUGGGCACAACUCCACCCGGUCGACGCCACCUCCUAUCGGAGGUUACUACCCUUCUCCUCCAACUUCCGGAGGCACACCCCCGACUCCAGCCCCUCUAACCCCGCCAGCCACUCCUAUCGAUCCCGGGACCCCUAGUACUCCCACCACCAUCCCGCCACCUAGCGGAGGCUACUACCCUUCUCCUCCCCCGCCACCUAGCGGAGGUUACUACCCUUCUCCUCCAACUUCCGGAGACACACCCCCGACUCCAGCCCCUUUGACCCCGCCAGCCACUCCUAUCGAUCCCGGGACCCCUAGUACUCCCACCACCAUCCCGCCACCUAGCGGAGGUUACUACCCUUCUCCUCCCACUUCUGGAGGCACACCCCCGACUCCAGUCCUUUUGACCCCGCCAGCCACUCCUAUUGAACCCGGUACCCCGAGUACUCCCACCACCAUCCCGCCACCAAGUGGAGGUUACUAUUCAUCUCCGCCGACUUCCGGAGGCGGUAGUCCCCCAACUUCAGUGAUUUUGACGCCACCAGCCACUCCUAUCGAUCCCGGCACUCCAAGCAGCCCUUCCAUCCCAGUACCUCCUUUUGGUUUCGGUCCUAACACAAAUCCCUUCACCGGCUCUUACACUUACUGGCUAUCAAAUCCGGGAACGGUAUUGGGCCUGUUUGGGUGGUGGGUGCCGAUGGGAACCGCCUUCGGCGUACCCACAACCAUCCCCGGGUUCCCCUCGAACCUAAACCUGGUUCAGGCGCUCUCGAACCCACGCACGGACGGGCUCGGCGCUCUCUACAGAGAAGGGACCGCGGCUCUGCUCAACUCCAUGGUCAACUACAGGUUCCCCUUCACCACCGCCCAAGUCCAACAAAGCUUCGUCUCGGCUCUCCGCUCGAACGGAGCCGCGUCGGCUCAAGCUCGGCUCUUCAAGCUGGCUAACGAAGGGCGCCUCGAGCCCAGGGGCUAAUUGGAGUAAAACCGAUCAUCACCGUCUGUCUUGCUAGUAUAGGUUGUCGGAGCAAGGUGUGUUAGUGUUUUGUGCGGUGGCUAUCUUAUUCUUAGUUGCGAUUUGAGGUGAAGUCUGUUUCGUGUACGUUCGUUUAUGAUUUAGGCGUAACAUAGCUUGCACAAUAUGUCGGCAGCGACAUAUAUAUCCGUAUCGAAUUUCCCAUCAAUUGUGGUACGUAGACAUUAAUUCGACUUGUAUUUCCUUUG